GGUGGUCCUGGAAGCCUCUGGUCUUUUCAGGGAGCAUGUUUCCAGAGGUAAGAUUGUUAUUACACACCCUAUCUUUGUCCUGACUUCUGUCGAUGUCCCCAAGCUAUUCUGGGAAUCAAAGGCCAGUGUGCAUGCAGGGUUCCUCAAACUCCCUCGUGCUCUAUGGCCAUGCAGCCUGUGGGUCAGAGCUGCACUGUGUUUGAAAAGUGUGGCCACAGUGACUCACACCCACAGUGGCCUGUCUCUUCCCAAUGGUCCAGAGCUCAGGUGCAGCCAAGGAUCACAAUUCCCAUGACUCGGGUCCUUUAGAAUGGUUGCUGUGUGGAGCAACUGGCCUGGGGCUCCAGCAGUGCUGACCACCCUGUCGACUUCCAGGAUGCUGUCACAACAGAGGAAGUUCCUGGACCAGUUCACGCAGCACCAGCAGAUCCGCCUGGCCUCGCAGAAGCAAAAGGCGCAAAAGCUUGACCAGCUUGAAGCUCAGCUGGAGACUCAGCUGCAGGAAGCUGAGAAGAUCUUCAUUUCAGAGCUGGUAUCCUUGGCCCGAGUGCCCCUUGCUGAAAACAAGCCAGUCUCCAAGUACAGGCUGCUGGGUAAGUCUCUGGGUGCUGCAGCACUCAGAAGUGUGGAUGCUAGUCAGCCACCGUCAUUGACCAGCUGUGUGGCCUCGGAUGUCCCGCACAGCCUCUCUGGGCUGUCCUACUCUUUUU